AGACAGCUGGGGGCGACCCAAAGAACAAAGUGACUGUUAGUGGAGCAAUUUGUUAAAGAAUGUGCUACACAUUUUAUCUUUUCUUCAAUUUGUGGUUUAAAGAGCUCUCGUCUUGCUCAGACUCUCAGUACUAGUUAAGUUCCAACGCCUCAGUUUGUUCAAGCGCUCAAGUAUCUGUGCUACCAGAAUUAAGAAUAGUGAGCAAUGGAUGCUGCCAUGAUUAAACAUGAUGACAUGGAUCCAAUCACCAUAAACUUCGGCUGGCCAACAUCCUACUUCCCCCCAUACCCGAUUCUAAUGGGACUUGGGGUUUUGUUACUGUUUGUUAUUGUUUGGAUGGUUCCAGUCACGAAACACCUCCCCUACCUCAUAUCCUACAAAAAAUAUUUGAAGGAGUUGCAUAUCAAAAUGAAGAAGCUGAAUGAUGCAAGAAUAGAUGUAGAACAGCACAUGGAUCGGAAUAGAAGAAGUCAUCUUGAGGUUCCAGCCGAAGUCGUGGGUUGGUUGGAAGAAGUAAAAAAGAUUAAAACCAAGGUGGAUACCACUCCUAUUGACAUUGGCAUUUCUCUCAAUCUAAUGAUUAGGCAUCAGCUCGGAAGGAAAGCCUUCAAGAUGAUUGAGGAGAUUGAAAGUCUCUUAAUACAACAAUCUCUGAUGGCUUGGAGUGAUGAGCCAGUUCCAUUGGGAAAAGUUGAUUUCAUGAAGGAAUCCACGUCUACCCCAUCAAGUGAUCACAAUGAAUUCAAAUCAAGAGAGCAGAUUUUCAUGAAUGCACUACAAGCACUCGGACCAAACAACAAAUCCCACAUGAUAGCCUUAUUGGGGAUGGGUGGAGUGGGGAAGACGACAAUGAUGCAACGGUUGAAGAAGGUUGUGAAAGAUAAGAAAAUGUUCAAUUUUGUUAUCGAGGUAGUUAUAGGGGUAAAAACAGAUCCCAUUUCUAUUCAGCAAUCUAUUGCAGAGUACCUCAGCUUAGAGUUAAAAGAAGACACUAAAACUGCAAGAGCUCAUAAGCUUAAUGAACACUUUAAGGCCCUCUCAGAUGGAGGUGAGAUGAAAUUCCUAGUAAUUCUUGAUGAUGUAUGGGGGCCUGUUAAUCUCUAUGAUCUUGGUUUAAGUCCUUUGCCAAAUCAAGGUAUCGACUUCAAGGUCUUGCUGACAUCACGCAAUAGAAAUGUAUGCAAUAUGAUGGGAGCUAGUUCAAUUCUCAACAUCAACAUCUUAACAGAAGAGGAAGCACAUAGUUUGUUCCAACGGUAUGUAGAAAUUUCUUAUGAUGCUGAUCACGAGCUCAAUAAGAUAGCAGAAGCUAUUGUGGAGAAGUGUGGUGGUUUACCCAUUGCUAUAAAAAACAUGGCCUAUGCUCUUAGAAAUAAAAGCAAGGAUAAAUGGCAAGAUGCACUUGUUCGUUUAGAGCACCAUGACACUGACAAUGUUGUGGCUGAUGUUUUAAAAAUGAGUUACAACAAUAUCGAAGACCAGGAGACUCGAUCCAUAUUUUUGCUUUGUGGUUUGUUUCCUGAAGGCUUUGAUGUUCCUACCGAAGACUUGGUGAGGUAUGGAUGGGGAUUGAAAAUAUUUAAGAAAGUGUAUACUAUGAGACAUGCAAGAAAUAAGUUGGACACAUGCAUUGAGCGGCUAAUGCAUGCCAACUUGUUGAUCGAAAGUGAUGACGUUGGGUUUGUCAAGAUGCACAAGUUGGUGCGUGCUUUUGUUUUGGACAUGUUUUCUGAAGUCGAGCAUGCAUCAAUUGUCAACCAUGGUGAUAUCUCAAGCUGGCCUACAACUGCAAAUGAUAUGAGCAGCUUGUGCAAAAGAAUUUCGUUAACAUGCAAAGGGAUGUUUGAGUUUCCUGGAAAUCUCAAGUUUCCAAACCUCUCAAUCCUGAAACUAAUGGAUGGAGAGGAGUCACUGAGGUUUCCUGAAGGCUUUUAUGGAGAAAUGGAAAACCUUCAGGUUAUAUCAUAUGAUAACAUGAAACAUCUGUUGCUUCCAUCAUUACUUCAAUGCUCCAACGUUCGAGUGCUUCAUCUCCAUCAUUGCUCAUUAAUGUUUGAUUGCUCUUCGAUUGGAAAUCUUUUGAAUCUUGAAGUUCUCAGCGUUGCUAAUUCCGCCAUUGAAUUUUUGCCUUCCACAAUUGGGAAUCUAAAGAAGCUAAGGCUCAUGGAUUUGACAAAUUGUGUUGGUCUCCGUAUAGGUAAUGGUGUCUUUCGAAAUUUGGUCAAACUUGAAGAGCUUUAUAUGAGAGUUGAUGAUAGAGAUUCGUUUUUCUUGAGGGUUGACGACCACAAGGAGAUUAAUUUCAUGGGUGAUAACUACAAUGAAAUGGAAGAACGAUUAGAGCAUGUUUCUAUAUUAGAAUUUGAGUUCUUCCAGAAUACUGCUCAACCGAAAAAUAUUUCGUUCGAGAAUCUUGAACAAUUCAAGAUUUCAGUGGGACGUUCUUUGAAAGGAGCAUUCAGAAAAAGAAAACACUCGUCCCAAAACACAUUAAAGUUGUCCAUCAAAAAAGAAGAACUAUUGGGAACUAGACUGAAUGAGUUGUUUGAGAAAACAGAGGAGCUUUGUUUAAGUGUGCAUGAUAUGAAUGAUCUUGAAGAUAUUGAUGUGAAAUCGUCCUUACAUCCUUCUCGAUUCUCUUCAUUCUACAACUUAAGAGUCCUUGUCAUUUCUGAGUGUGUGAAGUUGAAACACCUUUUUACACUUGGCGUGGCAAAAGAUUUAAAAAAUCUUGAGCAUCUCGAAGUUUACUCAUGCAAUAAUAUGGAAGUACUUAUACAUAGUGAGAGUAGUGGAGCAGAGACAAUUAUAUUCCCGAAGUUGAAGCUUCUUUCUUUGAUUUGUCUACCAAAUCUAUCGGGCUUGUCCAGUAAUGUCAACAUAAUUCAGCUGCCUCAACUCGUGGAGUUGGGGCUUGCCACCAUUCCAAAAUUCACAAGCAUAUUUUCGAAGAAUAAUUCGGAAACAUCUUGUUUCUUGAGGGAAGAGGUUGUGAUUCCUAAGUUGGAGAAACUACAUAUUCGUCACAUGGAGAAUUUGAAGGAGAUAUGGCCUUGUGAAUUAAGUAUUAUUGAAAAAAUUAGUGUUUCAUUGUUGAGAGCUAUUGAAGUAACCGAUUGUGAUAAUCUUGUGAAUCUGUUUCCGUGCAAUCCCUUGCCAUUGUUGGAUAAUCUUGAAGAUCUUCAACUACGGAGAUGUGGUUCCAUUAAAGUGUUAUUCAACAUCAACUUGGAUUGUGAAGGUGGAAUUGGAGAAAGCAAAUGCAGCUUGAGAAGCAUUCAAGUGAAUCAAUUAGGAAACCUAAGAGAGUUAUGGAGUAUAAAAGGUGUAAAUAAUUUGUCGAAACGUCAUCUCCUCAUUGAUGGCUUUCAUCGUGUUGAGUACAUAGAGAUAACAACAUGUAAGAGCUUCAGAAAUAUAUUCACACCGGUCACCACCAAUUUUGAUCUGAGGGCACUCAAGGGGAUAUGGAUAAAUAACGACGGAGAAACUAGGAGAAACAAUGAAGUGAUGAAGAGUAUCAAACAAGAGCAAGAGAAUAUUAUAUCAAAUGAAGGAGCAUCAAAAGUUGGUCCGUGCAUAUCUAAUAUAUAUUCAUUUCCUAACCUCCGUCAACUUAAGUUGUGGAAUUUUAAAGAAGUGGAGGUGGUGUUUGAGAUAGAGCCAAUAGAAUCAGUAACAACUGAUGAUAAUGAACAACUACUUACCUACCUAGAGGAAUUGGAUAUUAGGCAUAUGGACAACAUGAGUCAUGUGUGGAAGUGCAAUUGGAAUAAUUUUUUAAUUCUUCAAGAACAAGAAUCAUUCCACAACCUCACAACCAUACACAUGAGCUCAUGUAAAAGCAUUAAGUACUUGUUUUCACCUCUCAUGGCAAAACUUCUUUCAAACCUAAAGAUUCUCAAGAUAGCAAUUUGUGAUGAUAUUGAAGUAGUUGUUUCAAAUAGAGAUGAUAAAGGAAAAGAAAAUACUAGAUCUACCUACACAAGCGCCACUUUGUUCCCUGUUCUUGGUUUUCUAACUCUUGCUUGCCUAAGAAAUCUCAAUCAUAUUGGUGGUGGUGGUUCCCAGCGUACUAGGGAUCAAUCUAAGGUGGAUGGUGUUUCAUGGUCCUUAUGCCAAUUCUCUAGAGAGAUAACAAUAGUAGAUUGUGAUGCCUUAUCAAGUGUGAUUCCUUCUUAUUCGGUAGGAAAAAUGCAAAAGCUUCAAAUACUGAAAAUAGAGUCUUGCAACUCGAUGACGGAGGUCUUUGAAACUCAUGUUGAUGAAGGAAAUGGUGCUAUAAAAAAAUUCAAUAAUGUUACUAUUCUUCGACUUCCCAACCUGAAGAUACUGGAAAUUAAAGACUGUGACCUUGUGGAACAUAUAUUCACAUUUUCCUCACUAGAAAGCCUUGGGCAACUUGAAGAGUUAAUAGUAGAGAAUUGCAGGGGAAUGGAUGUAAUUGUGAGGGAAGAAAGUGGAGAAAAACCCAAGUCUAAUAUUGUGGUCUUUCCUCAUCUCAAGUCCAUAUCACUCGUUAAUCUACCAUACCUUGCAGGUUUCUUCUUGGGGAUAAAUGAGUUCAUGUGGCCUAUAUUAGACAACGUUACAAUUCGUGAUUGCCCAAAAAUGACAAUUUUCACACGUGGUUGGUCAACAGCUCCGAAGCUCAAGUAUAUGCAAACAAGCUUAGGCGAAGAUAUUAAACAAUGCGACCUUAACUUUGAUCAGAGUGUAAGAAAUACAAGCUCCAGCCCUGGUACUUCUGAAGAGAUCCUUUCAUCUUUCCUUAAUGACACCAAAAUCCAUCUGGAAGAUAAUGGGACUAUUAGAAAGAUUAUUCCAUACAAUGCAUUGCAACAAAUGCAAAAGCUGGAAGAGAUUCAUGUAUGGAACUGUAAGUUGGUAAAGGAGGUAUUCGAAGCAUUGGAAGGGAAAACUAGUGGUUCUGAUGAUUCACAAACUGUCGUGACACUUCCCAACCUAACAAAAGUUGAGUUGGUGUUUCUACAAAAUCUCAGUCUAUUACAUCUCCAAGAGCUGCAUAUAAGUUGCUGCAACAAGUUGGAGAAUCGAGAGAUGCGGUGCAAUAAGGAUUUUCACCAAGGGAAAUUCGGCAACCCCAGAGCUAAAAGAAAUGGAAACAAGUGUUGGCUCAUUGUAUGUAGGGGAAGGCAUCAACUCCUUCAUAAAGAUCAAAGAAUAGGAAGUCAAAGGAGACCACUGAUAUCGAAGAAAAAAAAAACAUAUUCGACGGCAGCGUUCGUCGGAAAUCCGUCAAAUUGUUUACAGACGGAUUUUAUGAUAGACUACCGUGGAAUAUUCCAUCCGAAAAUCACCGGCGGAAAGGGUUUGACGAGGUUUGACCUGGUUUAA